ACCUAAUUGAUUAAAUAUGUCUGAUCAACAAGGAUACAGUGCCGACAACUUGUCGCAAGACAUGCAGAAUGCCAACAUUGGCUCUAACCAACAGCAAGAGCAACAACAAGCUCCACAACAAAGCUACUACAAUCCAAAUGCUGCCUCAUCUUUUGUUCCAGGUCAAGGUCAAGAAUCUUACCAAGGAUACAACCAGUACCAACAACAAAGCCAAGGUGGAUACCAAGGUGGUUACCAAGGUGGAUACCAAGGUGGAUACCAAGGAGGCUACCAAGGUGGAUACCAAGGUGGAUACCAAGGUGGUUACAACAGCAACAGAGGUGGUUACAACCAAGGGGGUUACAACAACCAAUACCAAGGGGGCUACAACAACCAAUAUCAAGGUGGAUACAACAACCAAUACAACUCUUACCAACCACAAGAACAACAACCAGCUCAAGGUAUGUCCUUAGCUGACUUCCAAAAGCAAAAGGCUGAAGCAGCAGCUUCCAGUUUGAACAAGCCAGUUAAGAAGAAGUUGACCUUGUCUGGAUCUUCUACUAUUAAAUUGGGUAACGCUACCAAGGCUCCAGUUGUGAUCAAGAAGGAAGCUACUCCAGAAGUCAAGAAGGAAGCUACUCCAGAAGUCAAGAAGGAAGCUACUCCAGAAGUUAAGAAGGAAGCUACCCCAGAAGUUAAGAAGGUUGCCACUCCAGAAGUUAAGAAAGAAGCUACUCCAGAAGUCAAGAAGCCAGCCAAGUCUGCUAGCCCAGCUCCAGCUCCAGCUGCUGAAAAGCCAGCUGCCACUGCCACCGUCAGCUCUGCCGAUGCCUUGAUCAAGGAACAAGAAGAAGAAGUCGACGCUGAAGUUGUCAAUGAUUUGUUCGGUGGUAAGGACCAUGUUUCCAUAAUCUUUAUGGGUCAUGUCGAUGCCGGUAAGUCCACCAUGGGUGGUAACCUUUUGUACUUGACUGGAUCCGUUGACAAGCGUACUGUUGACAAGUACGAAAGAGAAGCCAAGGACGCCGGUAGACAAGGUUGGUACCUUUCUUGGGUCAUGGAUACCAACAAGGAAGAAAGAAGUGACGGUAAGACCAUUGAAGUCGGUAAGGCUUACUUCGAAACUGAUAAGAGAAGAUAUACCAUUUUGGAUGCCCCAGGUCACAAGAUGUACGUUUCUGAAAUGAUUGGUGGUGCCUCUCAAGCUGACGUUGGUAUCUUGGUUAUUUCCGCAAGAAAGGGUGAAUACGAAACAGGUUUCGAAAAGGGUGGUCAAACCAGAGAACACGCUUUGUUGGCCAAGACCCAAGGUGUUAACAAGAUUAUUGUUGUUGUUAACAAGAUGGAUGACACAACUGUCGGUUGGUCUGAAGAACGUUAUAAUGACUGUACUACUAAGUUGGGUAAGUUCUUGAAGGGUAUUGGUUAUGCCAAGGAUGACAUUAUCUUCAUGCCAGUUUCUGGUUACACUGGUGCCGGUUUGAAGGAUCGUGUUUCUGCCAAGGACUGUCCAUGGUACACUGGUCCAUCUUUGUUGGAAUACUUGGAUGACAUGAAGACUGUUGAUCGUCAUAUCAAUGGUCCAUUCAUGUUGCCAAUUGCCGGUAAGAUGAAGGACAUGGGUACUGUUGUUGAAGGUAAGAUUGAAUCUGGUCAUAUCAAGAAGGGUGGAAGUUUAUUGUUGAUGCCUAACAAGACACCAAUUGAAGUUCUUACUAUUUACAACGAAACUGAACAAGAAUGUGACUCCGCCUUCUGUGGUGAACAAGUCAGAUUGAAGAUUAAGGGUGUUGAUGAAGAAGAAUUAUCCCCUGGUUACGUUUUGACUUCCCCAAAGAACCCAGUCAAGACCAUUGUUAAAUUUGAAGCUCAAAUUGUCAUUGUUGAAUUGAAAUCCAUUUUAGCCAACGGUUUCUCUUGUGUCAUGCAUAUCCAUACUGCCAUUGAAGAAGUUAAGUUUGUCCAAUUGAAGCAUUACUUACAAAAGGGUACCAACAGAAAGUCCAAGAAGCCACCUGCAUUUGCUAAGAAGGGUAUGAAGAUCAUUGCUGAAUUGGAAGCAUCUGAAGCCUUCUGCGCCGAAACUUACGCUGACUACCCACAAUUAGGUAGAUUCACAUUGAGAGAUCAAGGUACCACCAUUGCCAUUGGUAUGAUCACCAAGUUGAUGUAAGAAAGAAUAGAGUAGUUACGACAGUUAUAUACAAAUUAAUUUUUUUUCCCCAAAUAUAUUAAUAAAUUGUAGACAUUAUGGGAAGAGAUCUAUAUAUAUAUAUAUAUUUAUAA